ACAAGAUCGUCAUCGCGCCAACGAUACCCAAACACAGAUACCAUGACACUCUGGUCGCGCGCUACCCCCAUGUCGUCGGCGUCGUCGUCGCCAUCGCCGCUCUGUGUCGCGGCGUCUUUUGAGGACCGCUGCAAGUAUGCGUUCAAGCGCUGCCCCAACGCGCGGUCCGCGAAACGCAACGGCCAGCUGCACUCGUACUGCGAGUUUCACCGACGCCGCGCCAACUCGACGCAGAAGACGUAUGCUAUGAAGAAGAAAGAGGCCAUGGACCUUCUCGAUCAGUCCUCGGCGGCCUCGCAUGCGGUGCUGGUGCGCCGGCGCCACAGCGACGGCGACUGCCUCGCCAAUGCCGACGACGAAGCCAAGUAUGCGCCGCUACCGUUCACACGCGAUGCGAUGGAGAACGCGACGCUGUCGUGGCACGAGAUCGAAUACGUUCUGCGCGCACUCUUUGCGUCGUAGGAGUCGCCUCCUGUACUAGAAGCCCCGCCACACGUCCCCGUAGUCUUGGAUAUGGAUACAACGUCGAG